GCUCCUCUCGAAGGAUUUCAUGACGUUAAUUUUAGUUUCGGCUGAGACGAUGCCGCGGUUGGUAACGCGAGAGUGCAUCUCAUCGAGAUAACGUUCUAUUGUGUACGAACGUGUCAUUGGAGUGUGCAGAGCCAAUACACUCUGCAACUUUUGCUUGUCUAUUGACAUCGUACCAAAUGUCUAUUGAAAAGUAAGGAAUAAAAACGUGACUUCUUUUUUGUUAAGAAAAGUAUCCUGACAACAUUUUUAUGCAUGGCUUAAUAAAUCUGUUGCUGGAACAGAUCAUAAUGUGCAUAAUACUGACAAUAAGUUUAAUUAGAAGGCAGAAACACGGUAAUUUCGAAGAAUAAAACGCAAACAAAUUCAUUAUGGAAAAUGCUUCAUGGAACGACGUUAUCGCUGUGGAACGAAAAAAUCUCGCCCCGAUAAUAGAAGAAGAAGAUAAGGGGCAAGCAAAAGGCUCGCAAUCGGACUCGUCGGACGCGGCGUCGACUAUAAAGCUCUGGAACAGCUCAUGGACGCCCUCAGAAGGUUACGACUCAUCGGGCACAUCGUCCGAUUCCGACGCGGGUGACGAGUACGUCGAGGAUUAUCCACCGGGCAUCGCGAGGACGACAAUCGCGUGUGAGGCGGCCUACCGAUCGCAAGAAUGCUUAUGUCAGGCUUGCUUACUCGGCUAUGCUAAGAUGCUAGCGCUUCAAGGGAGUAUGCCUAAUAUCUGUGCAGUAUCCAGCGGUAUGUCUAAUAUCUGCCCAGCGUCGUCCGCCAGUCAUCUGGGAAGUUUCUCAUCUCUCUGUGCAACGCCGUGUACAAGCGUAUCCAACGAGUUGACACAUCACGCCGUUAAGGAACACGUCGGUCAUUAUCCGCCCAUUUGUCACCUGCACCAAGGUCCGAUGUGCGUAAAAGAGCAUGGAAUGCAGACGGGUAGUAGAACGAACAGCACGACAUCACUGCCUGUAGAAUCGAGUAGCGGUUCUCUGGGCAGAAGACGACGCAGAUUACGCAGUAGAGUGGAUCGCGAUCAGAGAGCCAUGUCUCACAGCGAUCUGAUCUGCCACGAGAGGGAGAGGCCGCGUCACUAUUGCUCGCUACAGCAGUUUCACUGCGGAAGCGAUGUUUGCAUGAACAAUUACCAUAGUAAAACCGAGGAACGACUGAGAAAACUGGAAAGUGAACGUGGAGCCCUGCAUAUGGAAGUGUCAGUUUUGUCCGAGCAAGUUGACGCACAAUCAAGUAAAAUCCAAGAGCUGGAGAGCAUACUCCAAGAAAAGAAAGAUAGUUUGAGGCAGAUGGAAGAGGCUUUGCAGAAGGAAGUUUUAUCGAGAAGCGCUCUGGAGACGCAAAAGCUUGAACUUCUCACCUCUUUGUCCGAAAUGAAACUUAGACAAACUAGUCUGGAGCACGAGAAUUUGGCGCUGCGUAGUACAAGUCCUUUAUCGAAUGGCGAAAGAUUUAGCAGACAUACGGGUCAAUAUAGUAGUCUCCCUAGGCCACCGACAUCCAAGAAGGGUGUUGCAUUUGGUAAGGUUCCAAAUUUAGUCUCGGGAGUGCAUACGACAGUACCCUUGGCUGUCAGGGGAGUCGCCGCGAGAUGCCUGUCCGCUCCUAUUCUAGCGGAAGAGGCAAAAAUCAUAAUCUGCGAGGCAAGCGCGGAACCGCCGCCGCUGAAACCGCUCGCGGAACUUACCAUGGAAGAAAUUGGCGAUUGGUUGACUCGCCUCGGUUUGGAGUGCUACACCGCCGAACUAAGACGAUGGGGUGCCACUGGACCAAAAUUGCUCGAUGCCACACAGAUACAACUAGAGAAAGAAUUGGACAUGAAAAAUAUCCUGCACAGAAAAAAGCUUCUUUACGCCAUCGAAUCGGAGCGAAGCAACGGUGCUGGAUUUCUCGGUUCUCACAAGAUGGACAAUGCAGCAGUAUUACGAUGGCUGGAUGACAUUGGCUUACCGCAACACAAGGAAGCCUUUCACCACGCAAAAGUUGACGGUAGAGUCCUGCACAGACUGACCACGGAAGAUCUACUGAAUCUCGGAGUGACUGCGCAAUUGCAUGCUGCCAGUUUAAGACGCGGAAUUCAGGUUUUGCGAGACUUGAAUUUUGAGUUUGACAAUUUGGAGAGAAGAUCCGCGAGUGGAAAUGGCGCCGAUGGUAGCAAUGUAACUCUCUGGACGAAUCAUCGCGUGAUGGAAUGGCUGCGGGUCGUAGAUCUUGCGGAAUACGCACCAAACAUGCGCGGCUCCGGCGUACAUGGCGGUCUAAUGAUCCACGAAGAUCGAUUCACUUCCGAGCUGCUAGCGACAUUACUCAGCAUUCCGCCGGCAAAGACUUUACUUCGUAGGCACUUGACGACACAUUUCAAUCAGAUCCUCGGCAGAGAAGUUGUGCAGCAUAAGAGAGAAAUAGAAAGCACACUUGGAUUUGUUCCGUUGACGCUUACAGCCAGAUUAAAGGUACCAAAGAAAUCUCAAUUCACGUUGAAGCGUAAAAAAAGUAAAAACGAAAUGGAUUUUGGCAAUUUGGUUUGCCCAUUGGAGGCAUCGCCACCAGGUACCCCAUCAACGCCCUCGUCAACACCGGGUAGCCCUAACUUGAACUCACCCACAUUCUAACCACAAUUAAAGCUUCAUUCGAGUAAUCAUCUAAACUAACUUAUCUGGAGGAUACUGGGCAAAGGAAAGUUAUAGGUUGCAUAUGAAUAAUGGAUAAAAUUGUACAGUGAUAUAUUUUGGCAUACAAAAAUAAUGGAUAUUUAUAUAUCCAGGUAAGACGCGAGAAUCACUCGGGACCAGUUAUCCGUAUCAUAAAUUACCAUAAUCGUAUUUAAACAUGUACUUUGAUAAAAAAAUUACAUAAAUGAGAGCUAACUCUAACACCGCCAGUCUCAUUAAUAUUACAAUAAAAACCAUAAUAAAUUAAAAGAUUUGAUGAAAAGUA